GUCUCUCUCUCUUCCUUGCUCUCGCUCUCUGGAGCUUCCUUUCCCACUUCCCUCUCCACUUUCCCUUCUCCUUCACUCCUCUCUCUCUCUCUCUCUCUCUCCCCCUCUCUCUGACAUCUCGCGCCAUCGAUUUCAGAGACUUCUCUUCGAUUCCCGGCCUGGUUUUGUCCCGUCCAUCAAUUCGAUCUCCGAUAGCAGUGACACCUCCGCGGCGGGCCGAAGCUCCGGGAGAUGAGCAAAGAACAACCGCCGGAGCCUCUGGAUUUCUUCAUUUGGACUGUCGAGGAUGUUGGGUUGUGGUUGGAACAGAUUAACUUAGGUAGCUACCGUCAAGUUUUUAAAGAGAAUGGUGUCAAUGGAGAGUACUUGGAAGGCAUGUCCAUGUUCACGACAGAGCAGAUCCUUCGGUUUAUAAGGCGGUGCCACAUGAAAUGGGGAGACUUCAUCACUCUCUGUAAAGAGCUCCGCAGAAUCAAAGUUGCCUGUCUGAAAGGGGAGCAGCAGGUGCGCAGGCCGUGGUGGGCCCCAUCCUGCCUCUCGGUUUUCUUCGUGAAGGUGGCAAAGCGCAACCGGCAGUCGAGAGUCGUCUCGCUCAAGUUGGAGCCGUGAUGCGAGAAGCCGCCUACAUCAUUACAUGUACCUAAUUUUAGUUUUUCUUUUUCCUUCUUCUUAGAGCAAAGAAAUGGAAAGAAAUUAGUCCUGUGUGGUCUUUGGGAUCAAGUACAAGGUUUAGCCCGCGAUAGUUCUUCUUUGGAGAACUGUCUCUUAUGUACAAUUUUGAGUUUUCGACCGACUUUCAUAGUGUAUUAUUUGUGUUAUGAUGUUCUGAAAUGUAAAGACUUAAAAACGAAUGUUUACCGUGUAAGUGCUUGUAGCCUACUAUAUAAGAUGCAAUACAUCUCCGACUACGUACUUGAUC